AGUCCAUUUCUUUCAAGUCCAUAUCUACCUCUUUCUCUCACAAAUCCAUUGCUCUUUAAGGGCAUGCACAGCUGAUUCUUGCCUCCUUCAUGCUUGGCAAAUCUCGUUCUCCCCGAGAGCUUUGUAGUAAAAAGGACGCAUGGGUAGGGAGAGCCCAGAAGAAGAUGGGUCGCCCACUAGCUCUCUGCUUCUCAAAGAUGCCCAUGAUGGCAACCGUGGCAACUCCACGCCUUCGAGUGAUCCCCCGGUCACGCCUCUCGUCGUUUUCAGCACGCUGGUUGCCCUUUGCGGAUCUUUUGUCCUUGGAUGUGCUUCUGGUUAUUCAUCACCCACCGAGUCGGGCAUAAUGGAGGACUUGGGGCUCUCCACGGCAGAGUAUUCGCUUUUUGGUUCUAUAUUAACAGUAGGGGGGUUAAUAGCAGCUUUGGUAAAUGGGCGGUUGACAGAUAUGAUAGGUCGCAGACGUGCAAUGGGGAUUUCGCAAAUCUUUUGCACUGCAGGAUGGCUUUCUAUAGCAUUUGCCAAGAAUGCUUGGUGGCUCGAUAUUGGAAGACUGUUAAAUGGACUUGGCAUUGGGAUUGUAUGUUACGUGGUACCUGUGUACAUUGCUGAAAUAACACCCAAAAGUGUCCGGGGAGCGUUCACCGCUUUAUAUCAGUUCUUGGUAUGCUGUGGCAUUUCGUUUAUUUUCUUUCUUGGAACUGUUGUUUCCUGGCGUAUCCUGUCUUUGAUAGGCUGUAUCCCCUGCGUACUUCAAAUUUUCGGUUUAUUCUUUAUCCCGGAGUCGCCCAGAUGGCUGGUAAAAGUGGGUCAAGAAAAGGAGUUCGAAGCCACAUUGCAGAGACUCCGUGGCAAAAGUGUUGACAUUUCCCAGGAAGCAACGGAUAUCAGAGAAUAUACAGAAAUCUUUGAACAGUCCUCCCAGUCUAGAAUUCUCGAUUUGUUUCAACGAAGAUACGCUCAUUCCCUCAUAAUAGGAGUUGGAUUGAUGAUGCUUCAACAAUUUGGAGGGGCUAGUACAUUUGUCUACUACGCGAGCUCUAUAUUUGAAUCAGCUGGCUUUUCAAGCAGCUUUGGUAGCCGAAGCAUGGCUAUAGUCCAGAUCCCGGCAACAGCUCUUAGUGUAAUUUUGACGGAUAAAGCUGGAAGAAGACCACUUUUAAUGAUUUCUUCAGCUGGAAUGAGCUUGAGUUGCUUUGUUCUGGCAUUAUCAUUCUUCAUGCAGGACCAGCAGUACUGGACAGAAGUCACUCCCAUUUUGGUGUAUGUAUCCAUUAUGGUGUAUUCCGUAGCUUUCUCACUUGGCAUGGCGGGGUUACCAUGGGUCAUCAUGUCCGAGAUAUUCCCAGUGAAUGUUAAAGGGUCGGCUGGAAGCCUGCUUACCUUCUCCAAUUCGUCCUGUACUUGGAUCGUCAGCUACAGUUUUAACUUCAUGUUCGAAUGGAGCGCACCCGGAACCUUUUUGAUCUUCGCGUGCAUUUGCAGUUUAACUAUCUUAUUUACUGCGAAGCUAGUGCCGGAGACCAAGGGGCGAGCACUGGAAGAAUUGCAAGCAUCACUUGCCCAUUUCAGGAAUAGGAUCAUUGUGCUGCCAGCCAUAUAAGGCAUUGCGUCAGGCUGCCGAGAGCGUUUAUGUAGGAUUGACUUUUUUGUGCCUGAUUGCGGCAAACAUUUGCGAUAUCAGAAGGGGGGAAAAUAAAGGAGAUUUCCUUGCAAUUUGUUUAACCUUUUACAUUGAUUGAUUUCACCGCGCUCAGGUCAAUUUUGUUGGAUUCUGGCAAAUUGCCAUUACCAAUGACGAUUGAUGUGCAAACAAUUAAGGCUUUAAAACUUCAGUCAACU